UACUGAAGAGUUAUUUUGUGAUUUGGAAAUUGCUAUAAAAACAUGUUUUCCUUUCCCAGGUUUAAACGCUUUAGGCAUUCUAAACCUUCGUCAUGGCCGUUUACCCAUUUUCGACUAAACGCGUAAAACUGAAACGCAACUUUAAAAUUAUAUUUUCUCAACACUGAUAUUCUUGGCUCCCGUGCCAGACGCCUCCGAGAGAAUUGAUUCUUGUAUAACGGAAAGUUUUUUUGAUAGUUCCUUGGACGCGCCCACCCCUCGCUUCGCGUAUUUGAUUUUCUUGGCCAAUCGCCUCCCUCUCCAAACAUUUCUCCAUCCAGCCUUUAAGAGCGCUCAAAGUUUCCUACAAGUUAGAGGCGCCGCCACGGCCCAGGAGCCAGGGCGUGAGGACUUUACCCAAUUCUCCUUGGGUGAGCACCCGGACUGAAGGCUAUACGUGGAUACUUUCAGACAUCUAAAAGGAACUGCGUCUGGAAGCGAUGUUUGAAGAAACGAACCAGGACGAAUCCAGGUCUCCCGUUUCUCCCGACGACAGUCGAACGAACAGCGAGGAAGAGCCGGAGAGGCUGCCGAGGCGAAGCGGGAGGAACAGGAGAGGUGGAAGUAGAAACGGAGAGGAUUGGGACAGCGCGACUCCGGGGAAAAGAGUGAAAAGGUGCAGCAGCCCGCAGCCUCCCGAAGACGUGCACGCGCAGAGAGCCAUGGCGAACGUGCGCGAGCGGCAGAGGACGCAGUCACUGAACGAGGCCUUCGCGUCGCUACGGAAGAUCAUUCCCACUCUGCCCUCGGACAAACUCAGCAAGAUCCAGACGCUGAAACUGGCCGCCAGGUACAUAGACUUCCUCUGCCAGGUCCUGCAGAGCGACGAGCUGGGCUCCAAAAUGGCCAACUGUAGCUCCACGGUUCCGGAGAGGCUGAGCUACGCCUUCUCCGUGUGGAGGAUGGAGGGCGCCUGGUCCAUGUCAACAUCUCACUAGCGUCUGUAGAGCCUCGGGGCGGCAUGUUAUGUUCUGCGUUCAGUGUCCGCGUUUAAAACGAGUGAAUGUUAUUGGCAUUUCUAGACACCUUUUACUGGCUGAACGAUUUAAAUUUCCGUUCCCAUCGCCUAAUAUUCAGAUUGUAUUCUUUUGGUUUGACUGUAUUUAUCUUUAUACUACCUUACCACUGAAUUUUUAGUGCAUGGUUUUGUCCAGAGAGGAGCUUGAACUAAUGAACCAAGCUUGUGGUCGCGUGUGUGGCAAUUGAUUCACACUGUUUUCUCAGGUGACAAUAGAUUUAAUUUAAUUCACACACGCACGCACACACACACACACACACACACACACACACACACACACACACACACACACACACACACACACACACACUUUGCCUUUCCUGGACGGCGUUUCCUGAGGCCGACGCUGGAUUGUACAAACUCUGAGCUUGGGGAACAAAGAUAUUUUUUAACCGGGACGGAAUAACGGCAAGAGCGCGCGGGCCCGGCUGCACCGUGACGCCUUGUACGUUCAGACCUGUUACUUAAGCGGUUCAAUGUGGGAGAUGUUUAUGUCUUUAUGCAUGGAUGACCUUUAACCCUAUCAAUUUUCCAACGAAGAAGGUGAAAAACUCACUUUUCCGGUCCAGGCUGUGAACGAUAUAUAUAUGUUUAUAUAUAUAUAUAUAUAUAUGUGUGUGUGUGUGUGUGUGUGUGUGUGUGUGUGUGUGUGUGUCUGUAUAUAUAUAUAAAUAUAAGACUGCAUUUAAAAACUUUUUUUACUUAGCUCAUACCUGUUCAAAUAGUGCCUAUAUAAAUGUUUUCAUUUUUCUGCGAAAUUAAUGAUAUUUAUUUAUUGAUGUGUGUAUGAUGCAGAUCCGGUGUCUUACUGCGAUCCUAAUUUUAAUAAUUGUUCUGUAAAAAUAACUGUAUAUGUUUCUGAAAUAAAAUGAAUAGGACUAUUAGUCCUUUUAGUACCUUUUAACGAA